GUUCAACCAAUAUUCUUCUUGAUACCGAUUGUAUUAACAGAAUUGCCACCAGGAAGGACCAAGAAACAGACUUGAGAGAGUCAUUACAAUGAUCUCUGUCUCCCGGUUGCUGUCGCCUCGAUUCUACGCUAUUCAACAAAGGAGCGUCGUGAAAAUGUCUGCUUCUGCGACUCAAACGGCCGGAGGAGUCUCUCACGGGUCAAUGGCGAUAAAGCCUCCUUCACAUCCUACUUACGAUUUGAAAGCAGUUAUCGAACUAGCUCUAGCUGAAGAUGCUGGUGACACAGGAGAUGUGACGUGUAUGGCUACGAUACCGUUUGAUAUGGAGGUGGAAGCUUAUUUCUUGGCGAAAGAAGAUGGGAUUGUUGCUGGAAUUGCUCUUGCUGAGAUGAUCUUUGAGCAAGUUGAUCCUUCUUUGAAGGUGGAGUGGAUGCGGAAGGAUGGAGAUUAUGUUCAUAAAGGGUUAAAGUUUGGGAAAGUAACAGGGAAUGCUCAUAAGAUUGUUGUUGCUGAACGAGUUGUGCUCAACUUUAUGCAGAGGAUGAGCGGCAUCGCCACCCUUACCAAGUUAAUGGCGGAUGCAGCAUACCCUGCACGUAUACUGGAGACAAGAAAAACUGCUCCUGGUUUGCGAUUGGUAGACAAAUGGGCGGUGCUGAUUGGUGGAGGCAAGAAUCAUAGGAUGGGACUAUUUGACAUGGUGAUGAUAAAAGACAACCAUAUCUCAGCUGCAGGAGGUAUAAUAAAUGCUAUUAAAUCUGUGGACGAGUAUCUAACGCUAAAGAAUCUCGAUAUGGAUGUGGAGGUGGAGACACGGACGCUUGAGGAAGUGAGGGAAGUGUUAGAGUAUGUGAGUGGGUCCAAGACUAGGGUGUCGAGAAUAAUGCUGGACAAUAUGGUAGUACCGUUAGAGAAUGGAGACGUUGAUGUCACCAUGCUUAAAGAUGCGGUGGAGCUAAUCAGUGGGAGAGUCGAGACAGAGGCUUCAGGAAACGUUACGAUUGAGACAGUACACAAGAUUGGACAAAGUGGAGUUACAUUCAUUAGCAGUGGAGCUCUGACUCAUUCGGUUAAAGCGUUGGAUAUCUCACUGAAGAUUGAUACAGAGUUGGCUCUUGAGGUCGGAAGAAGGACUAAACGAGCCUAGAAGUGUUAUAGAGAAAAAGAGUAUCUUUACUUUUAUCUUCCCAAGAAACAGAGAAUCAAUAAAUCAUAAGAGAGACAGUGAUGAAUCUGACUACAAAUUAGGCUACUACAAAUACUAAACCGUUUGUCCUUUUUUUUUUGUAAUAAAUAAUACUAUAAACUCCUACCAGCUACAUAGCGGAGACAUGGAUGAUUACUCACUAGCUCUCUCUAAAAACUCUCUGCUCUUUAUGUACAACGAAAUGCAGAAACGUUGAGAAGCAGUCUAUGCAUCUAUACAUAUAUGGUUUUAGUGGUUCA